AAUUGGAAUCAUAUUCGAUUUUUAUUUUCAUCCUUAGUGUCAUUCUGAAAAGAUUAUAAAAAAAGACCUGAACGAUUUGCUAUUAGUCAUUUAAAAUUUUUCUUAGAUCAUAUAGUUAGGGAUAUAUUCAUGGUUUUAUAAGAAUGUUUCGUCUACUUCGGAAAUGCUUAACGACAACACGACGCUUUUGCACAGAUACAUCCUCUUUUAUGGUUAGAGAACCAAAGAUAUGCACAGUUGUUCAAUCGUUAAAUGAAAACCCUCCUACAGAAGACGUUGUUGUUAGGGGAUGGAUCUCUUCAAUAAGAAAGCACAAGAAUGUCACCUUUCUCCAUUUACAAGAUGGAACAACAACCGAUGACCUGCAGAUAGUCGCCUUAGACGAUCUUCCGAUUCCCAACUUAACGUAUGGAAGUAGUGUUGAGGCAAAAGGUCGUUUAGUUAGGAGUCCUUAUGACAAGCAAGAGGUUGAAUUAAGCGUUGAAGAAGUAAAAGUUUUGGGUUCUUGCGAUCCAGAGGCCUAUCCAUUCAAAUCAAAGAAAAUGCAUGAUAUUGAAUAUAGAAGGCAAUUUCAACACUUAAGACCUAGAAAUAAAUUUGAUGGUACUGUUCUGAGACUUCGCCACGAAGCUAGUCGAGAUUUAAGAUCCUAUUUAACGGAUGAGGGAUUUUACGAAGUGCAUACACCAAUUAUGACAACGAAUGAUUGCGAAGGUGCUGGAUAUGUUUUUAAAGCUGUAGCUCAUGAAAAUAAAGAAUUUUUUGAUAAGCCGUCAUUUUUAACCGUAUCUGCCCAAUUUCACCUUGAAGCUCUUUCGCACGCUAUACCAAAAGUUUUUACUUUUGGUCCUAUUUUAAGAGCGGACCAUAGUAAGACUCGCCAUCACUUGUCAGAGUUUUAUAUGCUCGAAAUUGAGAUGGCAUUUUGUGAUGACCUUCACGAAGUAACAGAUCUUGUGGACGCCUUACUAAGCGAAACGGUUGAUAACUUGAUUGAUAAGCAUGAAAAGGAUUUGAAAUAUUUAUGGAAACAUAGCGAAGUCGAGGAUUUAAUGAAAACUGUCGAUGCAAUUGCAAAAGAGAGCUAUCAGGGCAUGACGUAUACAGAAGCUGUCGAAAUCUUACAGAAGCAUAGAAAACAGUUUGAUUACGUCCCAAAAUGGGGAGAAGAUUUUGGAAAGGAACACGAAAGGUUCCUAGUAAGCCAUUGUAAUCAAUGUCCCGUAUUUGUUGAAGAAUAUCCUAUCGCUUUGAAACCAUUCUACAUGAAAAGAAACGUCGAUGGUAAGACCGUAAAGAAUGUUGAUCUUCUUUAUCCGCAUGUGGGUGAAGUAUGUGGCGGAAGCGUUAGAGAAGAUAACAUUGAUAAUUUAAAGAGAAACAUGGAAGAAAGUGGUAUUAAGAAUAUUGAAGCCUUUGAAUGGUACUUGGAUCUGCGAAGAUUCGGUUCAGUUCCACAUUGUGGAUUGGGAAUAGGUUUCGAUCGUUUCCUGCAAGCCCUAACUGGAAUAAAGAAUAUAAAAGAUAUUGUGCCAUUUCCCAGAUCUUAUGACAAUAGUAUAACUAUGUAGGUAUAUAAAAUACAUAUAUAUAUAAAUGUAUACAGUAUAUAUAUAUAUAUA